AUCAUUUUCGGCCAGCUAAAGAACGUUCGACCAAAUCGAUAGACUUAGACUUAACCUAAAUAUAUUAAAUUAAUUGUUUGUUCCUCAAUAUCUUGGAUUCUGAAGGAAUAGUGACGACUGUGUAAAUAUUACUUGUUCCAUAUCCACCCUUCAAGACUACUUCACUCUAAAUCGCUGUAUGAAGAAAGUGGAUUUCCUCACCUUUGAAUCAGUUUCUGAAUAUUAUUUGGAGGUAUUGGCAAGUGUACUACGGGACGACUGCUCAACGUUGUGUUAAGAUUAUUUCAGACAAGAGGAGAUCUUUCCUGGGAUUGAAUUUGAUUACAAGAUGUAUCAUAAUUACAAAAAUAUGAGCGAAACGAGCGACCAGUGCUUCUCAGGAACUUCUGGUACCCAACGAGCAGGAUCAAAUCCCGCAUUACUGGAACCCAGCAUGUCAUCUUCAGAACAGCAACAGCAUAAGUUUCCUGGGAUGGGGGCUGCUGCCUUUGUUCCCAGCCUCAACACCAUCACAUCCAGCCAGGACCUUCAGUGGUUAGUCCAGCCUUCCCUCUUGCCUCCACCGGCGAUUCCCAGAGUACCACGGCCACCUCUGCCACCCCCAUCAGGACCUCUGUCACCCCCCCAGCCAGCAUCUCAUAUGUGUCUGCUGCGGCCGGGGGUCAUAAGAGCUGCCGGAGAGACAGGCGUGCCAAGACAGCGGAGUGAUAACUUUUUGUCCCCAGAAGAACUUGAAAGACGAAGAAUGCGAAGGGAGAGGAACAAACUGGCUGCUGCUAAGUGCCGCAAUCGCCGCCGUGAAUUGACGGACUCUCUUCAGAACGAGACUGACGAAUUGGAAAGCAAUAAGACCAGUUUGCAGAAAGAGAUCUCUGAGCUUCAGAAGGAAAAGGAGAAGCUGGAGCUGGUCCUGGAAGCCCAUCGGCCUAUUUGCAAGAUUCAAGACUCAGACUCGGACUCUGACUCUGACCCAGACCUGCGGCCGCCUUUGCUUGGGGCAGUGAAGAUUGAACCCAACGAUCCAGAUCUACCCGGGCCAUCAAUCAGGCAGGACAAGCCAAAACCCAAGAUAAUCCUCCCAUCCACAGUCCUUGCCUCUUCCUCCUCUUCUGCGUCAGCUGUUCCCGCUGAGUGUGAUUCCCUGCACACCCCUAUCCUCAUAUCAACACCCUCUCCAAACACCUCGGCCCACCUUGUUUUCACCUACCCAUCUGCCCCACUGGAUGCAUCAGCAGCUGCCUCCUCCCACCAUCUCAGCCUCCUCGCCUCUUCCUCCGCCCCCCACUCUCAAAAACCGCACCCUUGUAGUGUAGCCCAUCGCCGCAGCAGCAGCAGUGGGGAUCAGUCGUCAGACCACUCCCUUAACUCUCCCACCAUCCUCACUUUGUGAUCGAUGGACACCCACUGUAGCAACAGACAGUCACCAAGAGAUGGCGCUGAAGAUAACAGUUAUAAGCGGCUACAUUUCAUUUUUACUUAAGUCUUUGCUCACAAAGAACAGUUUAUACUAGGUUUGGAAAUGGCUAUUAUGUUAUAUUAUUUACUAGUAAUAACUAAUAUAUUAAUUAUAAAAAGGACAGCGACGUCGUUCUGCCCAGUCAUCAUACGGGGAUAUUACAAUGCAUGUUAAGUACAUCUGGCAUAUGCAAUCCUUUAGUUAUAGUUAUUAGAAGUUAUUAACUUCAUUUAGCCUUAUUCUUUAAGUUAUAGCACUACAAUACAUAGGACAGUAUUUUAAGUAGAGUGUAAUUUCUAAGCUGUGAUGGGAAAAUGAAAAGCGAUUGAUAGCAUUUGUGCAAGAAAGCAGAAGUUAUGUAGAAGUUUAGCUGGUUUUGUAUUAAGAAUGGAGGACAUGGAAAAACUCAUCAUGUGAAAGGUAAAUAAUAUGCAAAAUGCCGUGCAUUUUCACAGAAAUCUCAAAUAACAGAAGCACGACGGUCAACAUGAGAGUGUUUUCUCUCUUAGGUUGUUGUCUGAAAAAAAGUAGCAUAUUGCUCAAUUUUGCAUAUUAACAUAUUAACUUACACAUUGUCGUAAUAUACAAGAAAGUUCCAGAGAAUGUUCCUGAUUUUUUUAAGAGAUUGAAUCAAAAUGUUCUGGGGCAGGACCUUUACAUGAGAGCAUUUUACUUUGUAUUAUUUAUUUUUCAUUUGACUGAGAUAUGGAGGUAAUGCAUGUGCACACAUGACUGAGAGUAUUUCACUUGUAAAGGGCAAAUUAAAGAAGCUGAGAAUAACUCUG